UCGGGAGCGCGCACGCCGUGCGUCUCGGGCGCGCUCUGCAUUCUCGCCUGGCUCCGCCUGGGAAAGGCGAACGGUUUGGCCUGCCAUGUUGUUCUCCGCGGCGCUGCGGGCCGGAGCGGCUGGCCUCACCGCCCCGUGGGGAAGACAUAUAAGGAAUUUGCAUAAGACAGUUGUGCAGAAUGGAGCUGGAGGAGCCUUAUUUGUGCACAGAGAUACUCCUGAGAAUAAUCCAGAUACUCCAUUUGAUUUUACACCAGAAAACUAUAAGAGGAUAGAGGCAAUUGUAAAGAACUAUCCAGAAGGGCAUAAAGCAGCAGCUGUGCUUCCAGUCUUGGAUUUAGCACAGAGACAGAAUGGAUGGUUGCCCAUCUCUGCUAUGAAUAAGGUUGCAGAAAUUUUACAAGUACCUCCAAUGAGAGUAUAUGAAGUAGCAACUUUUUAUACAAUGUAUAAUCGGAAGCCAGUUGGAAAGUAUCACAUUCAGGUCUGCACGACCACACCUUGCAUGCUUCGAGAUUCUGACAGCAUAUUGGAGGCCAUUCAGAGAAAGCUUGGAAUAAAGGCUGGGGAGACUACACCUGACAAACUUUUCACUCUUAUAGAGGUGGAAUGUUUAGGUGCCUGUGUAAACGCACCAAUGGUUCAAAUAAAUGACAACUACUAUGAGGAUCUGACACCUAAGGAUAUUGAAGAAAUUAUUGAUGAGCUCAAAGCUGGCAAAAUUCCAAAACCUGGGCCAAGGGCUCAAAAGAACAGACUUCUAGGACUGAUGGCAGAAUGUGAAGCGCAAAGCCAGAUGGGGUUAAAAAGAUACGAACUGAACAAAUUCUUCAGCUAAACUCUGUGGCAGGAACAAGGAGUGGACGCUUCUCUUGUGAGCCAGCUGGUGGUCUUACCUCUUUGACUGAACCACCCAAAGGACCUGGUUUUGGUAUACAAGCAGGCCUUUAAUUUAUAUUCAACUGUACAUAUGUCAUAUGUCACUGGAGAAAUAAAAUAUGCCUCUCCUGCCUACAUAAAUUUAUUUUAUAUUAGUUAAUUCCAGUUUGGGUAUACCUGGUGGUAACCUUAAGUACCAUGUUAAACCCACGAAGCACCAUUUUAAAUCUGUGGCUGACUAUGAAGACUUUUAUUAUAUAACCUAGUUAUCAGUUACUCCAACAUCACCCAUUUUCAACUGCCAGGUCACUUUUGUCAAAGAUAAUAGUAUUAGGUUACUAUGAAGUAAAAAUUCUACCAAAUUUCAAAUGUUUUGCUUUCCCAUCUUUAUCCACAGGCAAGUCUUAAGUUAAUGUGAUCUUUAAUGUGAUCUUUCUAUAUAUAAAUCCUAUUUAUGUCAAUAUGUACUCCAAACAUAUUAUGGAGGGAAGGCAAGAAUAUAAUAUACAGCACAGAGUUGUCAUUGUAUUUCCAACUGGUAAGUGACAUCUCAAGUCACUUUAGAUGUAAUUAGGAUAAGGUAGUUGUCUCUAGGAGCAUCGUUUAUCAUUUUUAAGGAAGAAAGAUACAAAACACCUUGACAUUACCUUUGGCUGUUCUGGCACUACAAGUGCAGGUUUCACCUGUAUCUGAAAGUACAGCGUUCCUGUGAAACCUUCCGUAAGCCAAAAUGGUGUAAAGCAAAGAAGCAACUACCCUUAAUUUAUAUGGGAAAAAUUUUUGAGCAUUCCCAGACCCAAAAAUUAACCUACCAAAUCAUACCACAUACCACGUAAGACUCUGACGCGCUCUCUUAGGGUUUUCUGAUACCUUAGGAUGCAUCUUGCUAACAGAUGUGCAAAAUAAAUUGAGAUAAAGCACAGAUGCUCAGACAGUUAAAAGCUAUGGUGGCUUGAUGAGCUGGGAUGCUGAGGGUGUUUCCCGGGGAAGGAGCGUGGCGAGGCCACUCUCACUGCUCGGGGUUCGUGCUUCCUCUUUAAUGGCUCACGACAAAACAAAUGCUGAAUGCUAAUUUCCACCUUUCACCAAAGCAAAAAUCUCCAGAUUUCUUUCGGUUAGCGAAAACAGGUACUAACGUAGAUUUUUCAUAAAAGCAAAGUGGUGUAAAAUGAACUUUUGAAAAGCGGGGAUACUUGUAUACAAAAACAUUCGGGAAGAAAUUGGAAGUAUAACCUGAAUUGGAUUAAUCAGUGAGUAUGAAAAAUAUACUCUUCAGUUGUGUGGAUAUUACCAUUUAGAAGAAAGCAUAAAACCUCUUGCUAUAGUAGUUUUGAAAAUUGGAAAAAAAUGAAUAGCUUGGAUAAAUCUAAACUAAUCCAGUUGUUUCAGGGUUUCUCAAAGUCACUGUGACCCUGCUUUUGAGGUACAUUCAUUACUAAUUAUGAUGCCUGAAAACAAGGAUUAAAAUAUUUUUUAAACUAGUUUUUGUCUUAUAAUUGAGAAGGUAAACAUAAUUUUUAAAAUGGCAAGAAAGGUAACACAAUGAAAAUGUCCCCCUUCUACCCUAGAGUCCUCCUGACCUCAGAGGUAGCCACUUUUGCAGUUACUUUUAUUCCUUAAAAAAAAAGUCUAUACAUAUUGACUUCUUAUCCUAUUUGCUAACUCUGUUAAACCUUUUAUUUAAAAUUAUGGAAAAAUACAGGUAUUGCUUUAAAUUAAUGCCACUAUGUCCUUUUUAAAUAGGAGUGGGGAGGUUUCACAUAAUGAAGGAAAAAGCAAAACCAUGAAUGUAAGGAUAUGCACUGGUUAUCAACCUUUAUAUAGUGUUCUAGAAGUAGAAAAUUGAUUUUAGAUCAUUAUAAUUAUAGGCACACUAUUAAACCAUUAUAAAAAAUUCUGUGUUCUUAGGUUAUCACUUACAUUGUACUAUAGUAUAUGUUAAGAUUCUGAGUUGGGCCUUGCUUAAUUUUUUUUUUUUUCCCAUUUUUUGGAGGGGAUCAUACCAAUUUUAAUAGAGAGCACUGGUUUUAAAGAUGGUUUUCUCAUUAGCUUUUUUAAAAAAUACUUGGCAGGUAAAAUUCCAUUACAGUAAUCCAAGAUAGUUUCAGAAUGUAUAUCAGCACACUGAUUAAAAUUUCCUUGUCAGUUUUUUGGAGCUGGAGAUGACAGCUGUAUCCCCGCCUAUUUCUCAAACCAGUGGGGAGGAGAGGCAUCAUUUACAUAUUACCACCACCCACUUCCCCCUUUCCUCUUCUCAGCUCCUAACUUUGUAAUCUUAUGCUGUUAUAAAAGGGGCAUUUCGGGAGGAGAGGUUACUUAUUGCUGUUGGAUGGCAGAAAUAAACCAACAAACAAUAACAAUUCACUUUAUUUUCAUUCUUAUGGUUGGCAAAAAAUCAAAUAUCUAUGUUUUGUUUUUGGAGUGGCUACUAAGUUCUAAGGAAAGCUACUAAUUGUUUAGAAUUACUAUAAUCUGAUGGGGGUCAUUGUUCCAGAAAAUCCUAUAGCAUAUGAAAACAGUUAUCUGCAAAGGCAAGAUACGACCUAAAAUUCUGUUUCAUUUAUUAAAUUCACCUUUCUGAAAUAUGGCAGCAUUUUUAGAAUCAUCUGAUUGAACUGGACUUAAUAGGGGAAAACAUAAUAGUAGUUUACGAUUCUAAAGAUGUACAGAA